GGCGUCCGGGUGGGCGGCAGGGGCGGGGCGGGGCAUGGUAACGGCUCCGCAGCCGACCGGGCCGGGCCGCAGCGAGGCGGUGGAACCGGUGUCCGCUGCCGCCGCCGCUCCAGCCCGUCCCGCGCUGCCCACGCGGGCCCCGCCUCGGCCAUGAUGAUCCACGGCUUCCAGAGCAGCCACCGGGACUUCUCCUUCGGGCCCUGGAAGCUGACGGCCGUCAAGACCCACAUCAUGAAGUCGGCGGACGUGGAGAAGUUAGCUGAUGAGCUGCACAUGCCAUCCCUCCCCGAGAUGAUGUUCGGAGACAACGUCUUAAGAAUCCAGCACUGCUCGGGCUUCGGGAUCGAGUUCAACGCCACGGACGCGCUAAGGUGCGUCAACAACUACCAGGGGAUGCUGCAAGUGGCGUGCGCGGAGGAGUGGCAGGAGAGCCGGACGGAGGGCGAGCACUCCAAGGAGGUGGUGAAGCCGUACGACUGGACCUACACGACCGACUACAAGGGAACGUUGCUUGGAGAGUCACUCAAGUUAAAGGUCGUGCCCACGACAGAUCACAUAGACACAGAGAAACUGAAAGCCAGAGAACAGAUUAAGUUUUUUGAAGAAGUUCUCCUGUUUGAAGAUGAGCUUCAUGAUCAUGGAGUUUCAAGUCUAAGUGUGAAAAUUAGAGUGAUGCCCUCCAGCUUCUUCCUGCUCUUGCGGUUUUUCUUGCGCAUCGACGGGGUGCUCAUCAGAAUGAACGACACGAGGCUGUACCACGAGGCCGACAAGACCUACAUGUUGCGGGAAUAUACAUCACGAGAGAGCAAAGUUGCUAAUUUAACGCACGUUCCACCGGCCGUGUUCACCGAGCCCAACGAGGUAGCGCCGUACCUGCCCAUCAAGGAGGCCGUCUGCGAGAAGCUCGUAUUUCCGGAAAGAAUUGAUCACAACCCCACGGGCUCACAAGAAAAUGCUCCUGUGGAAUAGGACGGAGCCUACCACAUGCUCGCCGUGGGAUCUGACGGAGACCUGGGCUACGUGGACGGGGGUAUUUUCAUUAGGAGAAUCAAUUGCCUUGUCUAUGUGCAGAUUUUCAGUAGCCUGAAAGGAAAAAAAUAUAAAAGAUUAUUGUAGGCAGGUUCCUGUUUGUACUAUCUGUCCUCAAAUUCAUAUUCCAGAUUUAUGUUUCCUGGAAUUAAACUCAGAUUUCUAAGUUGUCACAACGUGGGCUGUCACUAGGAGUGACGUGUGUAUGUCUCAGGAGCAGGGGGCAUGAUCUGUACCCUUCACGAAACACUGUUUUCCCCCGGGAGGAGGUCGGCGUAAAUCCCUGGGUUGCAGCCCUACGACUCUGGCGGGCGUGCCGAGCCUGCGCGCUGCUGUGCUGGCCUCGCACCCUGGGCUGGUGGCGGUGCUUCGUCCUUCCGGGGAGUUGUGAUUCGCCUCUUAGGAAACUGACCUCAUGUUUUAAUAACCUUCACCCACAAAUUUAAAAAAGAUAUAUUUCCCCCUAAAUUUAAAUUGGCUCUUUCAGACGUAGAACCAGAUAACCUAGUUUUCCCCAAACGUAAGCUGUUCUGUCCACGAAGCACGCAAACGUGGUUGGGCCCCGCUGCCCGGCGCGUGGAGCGGCCAGUCCUCCGGCCUAGGUGCUAUUUCUGACCUGCUUCUCCUCGUCCUGCCAUUUUUCACUUCCUCCACGCGGCCUCGGAGGGAGUGAACGCCCUGAGCAUUAAGUUGGUAUUGGCCCUAAAAAGUUUGAAGAGUUCAUACGGAUUGUUUUUAGCACACAGUACAAAUAUCACAUCAACCCCUAAAUAACCACAUUAAUUUUCAGCUUAACAUAGUUGAGAGGUAGCCAUGGAGGUGAGGGGGCUUAUUUUUAAAUAUAAAAGCCAGUUUUUUCUAUUUUAACAUUCAUGUUGUUAACAUUACAGGGACUCCAGUAAGAUGUCAUUAGUAUGAGGCCUAGGUAGACCAGAGUGAAUUUAAAAUCAGUUUGGUUCUUUUGAUGACAACCCUUUAAACAUUUUUUAUUCUUUUCUGCCUUUCUGAAUGAUCUUUGUGAUGUGGAAAGUGACUGUUAAGCACCAAGGAAGGAAUCACUUGAAAUGGAUUUUUAAAACUAAUUAUCCCCUGUCUUGGUUUAAAAUAACUAUUGUACAUAUUUCCACUUGAUGGAUAAAUCAUUAAAUAAGAAUAUUUAAAAAGAAGUAUUAGUAAAGCUCUUCAGGUGUUACCCUGAUGAAAUGUUUUAGUGAAACAAUGUAAUUGGACAGCCAUUUAUCGCUCAGGCUCGGGCGGGCUGCUAUGUGUGUGCUUAUUGAGCUAACUGUCUCAGCUGGGUUUGGUCACAGGUGACAUUCGUCUGUCAUCUGUUGCAUCACCUGUAAGGCAUAGGAAAUCAGGAUUCCGUUGACUUUACAAAAACACAUGGCAUGUUCACUGUAUAUGAAAUAUACCUCCUGUAUUUAAUGAUUUCUCUUAGGAUAGGAAAGUAUACAUACUGUACUCAGUUUUCUGUUUUAUUUUACUUGCCAUGCAGAUUUAAACAGAAUGGAUAUCUUAUUCAUACAAAUUAUAAAUGAAAAACUUGUGAGAAUAUUCAUUAGUUGAAGUUUCUGAGCAACAUCAUAUAUAUAUUUUUAAACUUGAUUCAGAUGUCUUAGUCCUUGAGUCAGCCUUAGAUUGCUUAUUUUGCUCCUUUGUUAAAAACUGUAGGGGAUUAAAAGAAUUGACUUUUUUUUAAUGGAAGGUGGGUGGUGCAUAGGAGAAUGUACUUCUGAAAAUGUUAUGAUUUUAUUCCUGCAGAAAAUACCAAGAAAACCUGUUUGCCCAUUGCUAAAUAAGUUACAUACCAUUUUAUAUUUAUUUGUCCCAACUGUCUUUUGUAAGAGGAGAAUAAACAAUAAAGAAUUAUUGAUGUUUUGCUAUUUCAUUUACUUCACUUUUUCUUGAAACUUAAUUAAAAUGGUUCGGAAUA